GCGUUGCUAGGCUCCCCCGGAAUUAGCCGUUUGUUUACACAUUUCUUUGGCUUUUAGGAACAUCGUUGAAGCGGUCGUUAGGAAAAACUAAAGCAGCGUUGGGAGGUCUGACUGUUUACCUCAAAAAUGCCCUUGUUUGGCAACAUUUUCAGUCCCAAAAAAACACCACCUCGGAAAUCUGCAUCUCUUUCCAAUCUACAUACACUGGAUCGGUCAACACGGGAGAUUGAAUUAGGUCUGGAAUAUGGAUCUCCGGUGAUGAAUAUUGGCGGUCAGAGCUUGAAAUUUGAAGAUGGCCAGUGGAUUUCAGAGUCGGGAGGUAAUGUAUCAGGAAAAGAGGUACAUCGACUGAAGAAAAGGAAUCUACAGUUAGAAGAGGAGAAUAAUCUCCUCAGGCUAAAGAUUGAGGUUCUUCUUGAUAUGCUUUCAGAGUCAACAGCAGAAACACAUCUCAUACAGAAGGAACUUGAAGAUGUGAGGAGUAAUUCUCGAAGAAAGAAAUGAUAAAAGGAAAUUUUCUUCUUUUUUUAUCUUUUUACAGGUUUUUUUUUU